CAUAGUUGAUUCUCUUUUGCAUUGGACUCAGUGUGAUGAACGUUUCUUUCGUGCUGGAUGUUGGGGGUUCAAAGAAUAAGGCAGUCUCUGGCUACUCUGAAGCUAGUUCAUAAUAUGCUCAUGAUCUCAGGUUUGAAGCAGAAACAUCCUGUGAGGACUUUUAUUCAUGGCUUUAGAUGAAAAGGACAGAAACUGCUUCUACAGAUCUGUGUGGGGCUGAGUUUGCUUUCAGAAAAUGCUGAUAAGUCCUUGGGAAAAAAAAAAAAGGGUUGCUAUGAAGACUUGGCUUUGGGCCUGCGAACUGUGGUGACGGCACGGUCACCAAGGAAACCAAAAGAUGCAGCUUCUAAAAGGUCUCUGAAGGCUUUUGUUGUUGCCUUCGUUCGUAGCGAAGCUGAUUGGCUUAGCAGAGCAGUGUUGAGUAUGGGAGCCGACUGGCAGAGGCUUGCCGCCCGUCCUGCAUCUGGUACUAGUUGCUUUGGAAAUCUCCUUGGCCCUUGGUUUCAGAAGAAGGAGCGAUUUGGGGGUACUUUCUAGAUUCUGGUGAGAUUUGGCUCUGAUGUGAACUCUGCCGGAAGAACAGGAAGUGAGGUCGUGUCUCUAGCAUGCAGUCUUAAGAAUGAGCUGUGGAUGUCUAAAUAUGGGCAGCCGAGCGGCUCAUCCCACUGCCUGUGCGGAGACUUCCUAUCACUGGGGACUUCCCUGUUGUUGACUUUGAUUCUUAAAGGUGCACAGUGGUGUGGAAGUCUAGAGGUGCAUCUGCCUGUUGAGGUAGGAGCCUGGGAUUCUGUUUUUUAAGUGCCGUCUGAGGAGCCAGCUCCUGACCUUCAUCAAGCUCAGGCAGACAAAGAGGUUUGAGCAUUUAAGCCAGCAGCAGACGGCACGGGAGGGCGAGCUGGGAUCUGUUCUAUGUGCAAAUGCAGUAUUUAGGUUUCCAGUUUGUACGAUAGUCCUGCAUAGGACUCCACGAGCACGAAGUUGCACAAGAAUUGAAAGAACUACAGGAUUUACAGAUGGAUCCAGUGGAAAAGACAACAAACAGAAGUGAACAAAAAUCCAGUAGAAAGUUUCUGAAAAGCCUCAUCCGGAAGCAGCCGCAGGAGCUGCUGCUGGUCAUCGGGACGGGCGUCAGCGCUGCCGUGGCCCCGGGGAUCCCCGCUCUCUGCUCGUGGAGGGGCUGCAUCGAGGCGGUCAUCGAGGCCGCUGAGCAGCUGGAGGUCCUUCACCCGGGGGACGUGGCGGAGUUCCGCCGGAAGGUGACGAAGGACCGGGACCUGCUGGUGGUCGCGCAUGAUCUGAUCCGGAAGAUGUCCCCUCGUACGGGUGACACCAAGCCCAACUUCUUCCAGGACUGCCUGAUGGAGAUUUUCGACAACCUGGAGCAGCACAUCCAGAACCCGCUGGUGCUGCAGUCCAUCCUCAGCCUGAUGGAGAGGGGCACCAUGGUGCUGACCACCAACUACGACAACCUGCUGGAGCUCUUCGGGCAGCAGCAGAGCAAGCCCAUGGAGUCUCUGGACCUGAAGGAUAAGACGAAGGUCCUUCAGUGGGCGAGAGGGCACAUCAAGUACGGCGUUCUUCAUAUUCACGGCUUGUACACAGACCCCUGCGGGCUGGUCCUGGACCCGUCGGGGUAUAAAGAUGUCACACAGGACCCAGAAGUAAUGGAAGUCCUCCAGAACUUGUACCGCACCAAGUCCUUCCUGUUUGUGGGCUGUGGAGAGACCCUUCGUGACCAGAUCUUCCAGGCCCUCUUCCUGUACUCGGUGCCCAACAAGGUGGAGCUGGAGCACUACAUGGUUGUGCUCAAGGAGAAUGAAGACCAUUUCUUUAAGCACCAAGCAGACAUGCUUUUGCAUGGGAUUAAAGUCGUGUCCUAUGGGGACUGUUUUGACCACUUUCCUGGCUACGUGCAGGACCUUGCCACUCAGAUCUGCAGGCAGCGCAGUCCAGAUGCUGACCGAGUGGACAGCACCACACUGUUGGGGAAUGCGUGUCAGGACUGCGCCAAGAGGAAGCUGGAGGAGAACGGAAUGGAAGUCUCCAAACGGCCCCGCCGGUCCGACGCGGAUGAUGCUGGAGGGUCUUGAAAUCUUUAAAACCAAUAAAAUCUGCAACUUGAAAACCAGCCUUCUGUAACCACAGUGCCAUAACCCAAACGAUGAGGAAUGUUCGGAGAACUCUGCGGGGGAACUCUCCCGCUGACCCCUCCCGCACCCUGAAGAGCCGUGGGGCUGUGCGGCCUCGGGGGCUGCGUGCAAGUCCCGCCGUGGGGUGUGACUGCUCGGGCGGUGAGGCGCACCCGUCAGGGGGCCGCUGUGCGGCCGGUGGCCAGCUACCUCAGGGACCACGGCGGUGGGAAGGGGUCCCGGGCUCCGGGCUCCCGCGCCACACGCCCCCUUUGUCUGGGUGGUUUUUCUAAUAAGAAGGGGAGGGUGAGGACUGUCCAAGCAACAGUAGUUGCCAAAGAGGGAAAAAAACAAAACAAAACAAAACUAGACACUUAAAUUUUAUAAUUUUUAUGUGGAAACGUCUGUUACCGUGGAGAAAAACUUAGAAGCGUCUGUUGCAUUGUUGAAUAAUAGUAAAGCGUGAGCCGGUGCUCGUUGGAGGCACUGCAUCUGCUGCUGAGAAUGGGAUGUUUUGAAAAAGACCAGCUCAGCGGCCUUCUUUGGAAUCACCUAAUUUUAGUGACUUUAGCUCCCGGAACGGCAGGCCUGACCUCGGCGGAGGGGCCCCGGACGGCAGCUCGGUGCCGGCCGAGUCCGCACACUGGCGAACAGCUGAGAAACGACAAGUUGGAGCACAAGCCCAAGAUUGCAGCUUUUAGUUAGAGUGUAAAUUCCGUUUUCCGAGUUUUUAUUCUGUGGGGUAAGGUCCAACCUUUCCGUUCGUGUCUUAAAAGUCUCUUCCUCCGGCCUCCUUGGGGUUCGCACGCCGUGAGGCAGGCAGAGCCUCUAGAGGGCCUGCGGCCUGGGAGCGCUCAGGGUCAGCCAGGGGCAGAAAGCCGCACGCCGGGAGCUGCUCCGACUGUGACCCUGGCGGGGACCCUGCUCACUUUCCCUUUCAGAGGCUGCUAUUUUUGAUGUGGUUUCUUGCCAAAUCCCAUGACACUCCCCAUCAAAGGCGCUGGAGCUCCCCCAGGUAGAAAGUUAAGAACAGAAAACACAAGGUUGGGAUGUGUUGUGAAUGAGAGAGAAGCCAGAGAUCCGCUUAAGACUUUUUUUCUUUUUGAAGCAUGAAAAAUCUUAUGUUACUCUGGUCAUAAAUAAAAUUUUAACU